UCUUCGGCGUCUCGACUCUAUCCACCACCGUGGAUUACGUUUAGUGUCUGGAGCUUUUUACACCAGCCCUGUGGAAAGCCUUUAUGCUGAGACUGCUGAACCUCCGCUGUCCAAUCGGCGGGCAGUCCUUCUGAGUCGUUAUGCUAGCCAUCUGUCUUCCAUGCCUGCUAAUCCAGCCCAUAACCUUUUUUUCGACGCCUCCUUUGAUGUCGGGUAUGCCGGCCGCUCCUCCUCCCUACUACCCCCGGGAGUCCGCUUCCGUCAACUGCUCCAUUCUCUUUCCUUCCGCUUUCCUAAAACCUUCUUGACAACUUGGGGUACAGCACCGCCUUGGCACCGUCCCCGGAUCGACUUGCUCAGAGACCUAUGUGAAUUUCCCAAGGAUGGUACCCCUACACUUGUUUACCGUCGGGCAUUUGCUGCUCUAUGUGCACAAAUGACGGAAGCCACAUUUAUUUACACCGAUGGCUCGAAAACAUCGUUAGGUGUAGGGAGUGCCUAUAUUGUUGGCGACACCCCAAAUCACUUUCGGCUUCCCGACCAGUGUUCGGUUUAUACUGCGGAGCUUUACGCUGUUCUCCAGGCUGUCCACUACAUCCGCCGCCAUCAGCGGAUACAGUACGUAAUCUGCUCAGAUUCUCUCAGCUCUCUCCUCAGUCUCCAAGCUCUUUACCCUGUGCACCCUCUGGUCCACCGGAUUCAGGACUGUCUGCGCUUGCUCCACCUGGGGGGCGUCUCAGUGGCGUUCCUCUGGCUCCCGGGACACGCUGGUAUCUGUGGAAAUGAGGCGGCCGAUAUAGCAGCCAAGGCUGCAGUCUCUCUUCCUCGGCCAGCUCUUCAGUCACUUCCGUUUACCGAUCUACGGAGCGGUUUAUGUCGCCAAGUUACUCAUUUAUGGCAUGCGCAUUGGUCAACACUUCCCCACAAUAAAUUGCGGGAAGUGAAAGCCGUUCCUUGCGCUUGGACCUCUUCCUCCCGAACGCGUCGUCGGGAGGAGGUAAUUUUAGCCCGACUCCGGAUAGGGCACUGUCUUUUCAGUCAUCGACAUCUUUUAAGCGGUGAUCCUCCCCCACUCUGUCCCCACUGCUCUCAGCUGUGGACGGUCAGACACCUUUUAAUUGAAUGCCCCUAUUUUAAUCCGUUACGCUCCCGUCUACAGCUAUCGCCUGAUCUAUCGUCGAUUUUAGCAGAUGACACGCGCUCAGCUGACCGCGUUCUACAGUUUAUUAGAGACAGUGAAAUGACGUCAGUCAUUUGAAGCCUUUUUUUUGGGGGACAACCAACCCCUUUCUAUAGUGGACUUUUAAGCAUUCCUUCUGCCUUUAGUUUCUCAAAUUUUCUGACUUUGUUUCCAUUGCUGCUGAUUUUAAAUUUGGUUUUUUUCCUGUUUUC